AUGCGCACGCUGCAACUGGCGGUGAAUGAGAGCUUGGCGUUUUGGUACAGAGGAUCUGCCUGUAGUGUCCCUGUGCUACAGCACACAGGUACAGAGGAUCUGCCUGUAGUGUCCCUGUGCUACAGCACACAGCACACAGGUACAGAGGAUCUGCCUGUAGUGUCCCUGUGCUACAGCACACAGGUACAGAGGAUCACUGCCUGUAGUGUCCCUGUGCUACAGCACACAGCACACAGGUACAGAGGAUCUGCCUGUAGUGUCCCUGUGCUACAGCACACAGGUACAGAGGAUCUGCCUGUAGUGUCCCUGUGCUGCAGCACACAGGUACAGAGGAUCACUGCCUGUAGUGUCCCUGUGCUACAGCACACAGGUACAGAGGAUCCUGCCUGUAGUGUCCCUGUGCUACAGCACACAGGUACAGAGGAUCUGCCUGUUGUGUCCCUGUGCUACAGCACACAGGUACAGAGGAUCACUGCCUGUAGUGUCCCUGUUCUACAGCACACAGGUACAGAGGAUCUGCCUGUAGUGUCCCUGUGCUGCAGCACACAGGUACAGAGGAUCACUGCCUUUAGUGUCCCUGUGCUACAGCACACAGCACACAGGUACAGAGGAUCACUGCCUUUAGUGUCCCUGUGCUACAGCACACAGGUACAGAGGAUCGCUGCCUUUAGUGUCCCUGUUCUACAGCACACAGGUACAGAGGAUCUGCCUGUAGUGUCCCUGUGCGCAGCACACAGGUACAGAGGAUCACUGCCUUUAGUGUCCCUGUGCUACAGCACACAGCACACAGGUACAGAGGAUCUGCCUGUAGUGUCCCUGUGCUGCAGCACACAGGUACAGAGGAUCACUGCCUUUAGUGUCCCUGUGCUACAGCACACAGGUACAGAGGAUCUGCCUGAAGUGUCCUUGUGCUGCAGCACACAGGUACAGAGGAUCGUUGCCUGUAGUGUCCCUGUGCUACAGCACACAGCACACAGGUACAGACGAUCUGCCUGUCGUGUCCCUCUGCUGCAGCACACAGGUACAGAGGAUCUGCCUGUAGUGUCCCUGUGCUACAGCACACAGGUACAGAGGAUCGCUGCCUGUAGUGUCCCUGUGCUGCAGCACACAGCACACAGGUACAGAGGAUCGCUGCCUGUAGUGUCCCUGUGCUACAGCACACAGGUACAGAGGAUCGCUGCCUGUAGUGUCCCUGUGCUACAGCACACAGCACACAGGUACAGAGGAUCGCUGCCUGUAGUGUCCCUGUGCUACAGCACACAGGUACAGAGGAUCACUGCCUGUAGUGUCCCUGUGCUACAGCACACAGGUACAGAGGAUCUGCCUGUAGUGUCCCUGUGCUGCAGCACACAGGUACAGAGGAUCACUGCCUGUAGUGUCCCUGUGCUACAGCACACAGCACACAGGUACAGAGGAUCUGCCUGUAGUGUCCCUGUGCUGCAGCACACAGGUACAGAGGAUCUGCCUGUAGUGUCCCUGUGCUACAGCACACAGGUACAGAGGAUCGCUGCCUGUAGUGUCCCUGUGCUACAGCACACAGCACACAGGUACAGAGGAUCUGCCUGUAGUGUCCCUGUGCUGCAGCACACAGGUACAGAGGAUCUGCCUGUAGUGUCCCUGUGCUACACCACACAGCACACAGGUACAGAGGAUCUGCCUGUAGUGUCCCUGUGCUACAGCACACAGGUACAGAGGAUCGCUGCCUGUAGUGUCCCUGUGCUACACCACACAGGUACAGAGGAUCUGCCUGUAGUGUCCCUGUGCUGCAGCACACAGGUACAGAGGAUCACUGCCUGUAGUGUCCCUGUGCUGCAGCACACAGGUACAGAGGAUCUGCCUGUAGUGUCCCUGUGCUACAGCACACAGCACACAGGUACAGAGGAUCUGCCUGUAGUGUCCCUGUGCUGCAGCACACAGGUACAGAAGAUCACUGCCUUUAGUGUCCCUGUGCUACACCACACAGCACACAGGUACAGAGGAUCGCUGCCUGUAGUGUCCCUGUGCUACAGCACACAGGUACAGAGGAUCACUGCCUGUAGUGUCCCUGUGCUACAGCACACAGCACACAGGUACAGAGGAUCUGCCUGUAGUGUCCCCGUGCUGCAGCACACAGGUACAGAGGAUCUGCCUGUAGUGCCCCCGUGCUACAGCACACAGACGGUGCAGACAGUGCUGCUGGUGGUGCUGGCCUUCGCCCUCUGCUGGCUCCCGCACCACGUCAUCGUUCUGUGGGUGGAGUUCGGACACUUCCCUCUGACCGACGCCUCCUUCGCCUUUCGCAUCGCGGCGCACUGUUUGGCGUACGCUAACUCCUGCGUGAACCCCGUGCUCUACGCUUUCCUCUCAGAGAACUUCAGGAAGGCGUGUCGCGAAGUCUGCUGCCCCACAGCGCCCCCUACAGGACAGACCGCGCCCAGGCUACGCAUGGACAACUUCUCCACCACCUACUCCACCACCACUAUCUGA